AUGCAGGCCAACUUCCUCAUCCCGCUGGGAGAAAAAGCCCACGUCCCAUCGUCUCCUUCUCCGCAACAAGCCCAACCCUCGCUUCCAUCGGCAGCCCGUACUUCUCCGCGCCGUACAAAACGACUCCACCCAAGUCCACGCCGUCGCCGCCAUAUUCAAGGCCUUCGGCUGGCGGCAGGCCGUCCCAAUCUACGUCGACGACGCCUUCGGCCAAGGCAUCAUCCCUUCCUUAGUCGACUCCCUCCAAGCCGUCGACGCCCGCGUCCCUUACCGCAGCGCCAUUUCGCCGUCCGCCACCGACGACCAAAUCGGAGAGGAGCUCUACAAGCUCAUGACCAUGCAGACUCGCGUCUUCAUAGUCCACGUGUCUCCCGAUCUCGGCCCCAG